AUUUGUCGUCAAUUUUCCGGCACAACAGACGGAACAUUUGCCAAAAGAGCAACGCGCGAGCUGCGUAGAGCGGAAAACACUUGACAAUUAUGUAAAGCUCCUCUCGACCGAAAACAAGUUAGCAAACAACAAAAAAUGAAUAAACUCGUGGUACCGUAAAACUAUCAAAAAACUGUAGAGCAAGUGGCAACAACUCAAAGUAACAAACAACAAACGAAAACUCUCCCAAAGUGCUAGCAAUUAAAAAUAAUUUCACAGUUUGCUAACGAACAAGAACAGGGAAAUACAAAUAAAAUAAAAUAUAAUAAAACAGAAACCGAGUCUUGAAUGUCGCGCAAAAUGUUGCAAGUGCCGGUGGCAACACUCGUGUUGCUGUCGCUGCUGCAGAUUGCCGAUGUUGCUGCUGUCACAGAUGCGGCAACAACAGCAACGGCCGCAGCAGCAACAACAUCCACGAUGACAACCGGAAUCGAUGCCAGCCUGAAGAAUGCCAAGUUGAUUGAGGGCAAAGUGCUCCCCGAUUUGGCCAUCCUGAAGCGAGUUAACCAGGAAGACGAAAAGUGGCAGCAGGUCUACCGGUUCAUCGACGAUGGCUUUCCCGUCCUCGAGUUGUACGGCUACAAGCCAAAAUCAGACCUGCCCUACACACUGAUUGUGCCCAAAAUCGAUGUCCGGAGCAUUGAGAAGCCGCGGCUAAAGGAGUUCAUGUUGGAGCAUGUGGUGCCCGGGAAAAUCUUCGACAGCUACAGCGCCGUGUCCAAUGGCAAUGGGAAUGGGAACGGAAACAGCAAGGAGGAGGAGGAGUCCUUCGGCAAUGGGAACGGCCACAAAAUCGUUUUCCGUAAAUUGGAAAAAUCCCACAACAAUGUUUGGCUACUCAAUGGCCAGCAAAUACUCCACAAGCUGCGUAUCAAUGAGAACCUGAUGGCCAUUGCAAUUGAUGGUUAUUUGGGCGAUAGGAAGUCGCCCUACUCCAAGCGAAAUAUCCAGGAAACGAACAACCGCUACAACGACCCCCAACCGUUGGAACAGCCGAACAUUACGAAUGCUCAUGCAAAGGUGGAGCCUGUUAUCAAGGAGUCGAAGGCCAGUCCGCUAAUGUCCUUUUUGGCCAACAUGAAGACGGGCACCAAGGUGUUCCAGCACUUCCUCUCCAAGAGCAAUCUGACCCGGAUCAUGGACGACAAUGCGUAUACGGUGCUGAUUCCCUCAGACAACGCCUUCCAGCGCUGGCAUCCCAUCGACUGGGGAUUCUACCCCUUCUCCGUGCCCGAGUUCACCGAGUCGGUGCUUAGGAACCACUUUCUGCCCAUGCAGCGACCCCUGCGGCUGUCCGAUGUGCGGAAUAUGGACGAAGUCGUCGUGACCACCAUGGGUGGCGAGGAUGUCGUCUUCCACGGGCAACCCACCCCCACGGUGAACAAUGUGAGCAUCAUGUCCGACUACAACCUCUCCAAUGGCAACCAGGUGUUCAUUAUCUCCGAGGUGCUCUUCGUCACCGAAGCUGUGGUCUCCAAGUUGCAUCAGAUGCACAAAGAUAAGGAGACACCUCCAUUGCUGGCAUUCCCUUGGUUUGGAGCGCAGUUUCUGUCUCAUUCAUUCUUGGCUUUGGAGAGAGAUCCGCGCUUUACUCAGAUUACCAGAUACCUAAACAGUGCCGAGAUUGCUCCCCACAUUUCGGGAGCCAACUACACGUUCUUUGUGCCAGAGGAUCGGGCCUUUGAAAAGCUAGGAUUCGACAAGCUAUCAGAUGAGGUUAUGGCCUCACAACGCGGCGUAAAAAUGUUGCUGAACCACUUCGUUAAAGGCCGUCUGUACAACCGUGAUCUGCGCGAUAAUGAAGUUUUCGAGACAAUCGGAGGUGGCCAUAUAAAGAUCACUCGGAAUCCGGGCAGCAACUAUACCAGCGUUAAUAAUGCUCAGAUUACCGAGAGUGAGGUGUUCGUAUACAACUUGGGCACCAUGUACUACCUGGACGACAUCCUGUACUCGCACAUGCUGCGCGACUUUGUGACCAAGUCGACCAAGACGAGAUCCAAUCGGCACGGCAGCGAUUCCGGCGGAGGAUCACGGAGCACCUCGCGACCCAGCGAUGUGGAGAUCGUGCCCAAUGAGUUCGAGGGGGAGCACAAUGGAGGGGACUACGCCAUCCACGGGGACGACGAGGACUUCGAGGAUGAGAUUAUCACGCCCAAGGCGCUGCCCGUCCAGAUCUACGAGUUGCCCAAGUAGAGAGUGGGGAUCUUGAAAGCUGGGUUUACGUCAAAACAUAUAUCGCGAAUGUAAAUGCGAAAAUAACAUAGGCGGCACUUCUUUGCAAUUGUUUUAAUUAACCCUUAUUCUGUUUUGAUUUCUAUAAAGUUCAAUUCAUUUUCUUUUGCAUAUUAAUCAGUCUGACAAUAGUUAGUAACAUUUCAAACCUUUUAAAAUUUAUUUUUUGUCGCUUAUUUUAUUUUUGCAAUUAAGUAACGAUGUGAAUUAAAUUUUUUUGCAAUUGAUCUGGGUUAAAGCAAGGAUUGGAAAGGGAGGCGAGGCGCUUAAAGCGUUUUUGUAUAGUUCUGGGCUAAUUUUUUAAAGCAUUUCUCUAGUUUAGUUCUUAGAUCUUCGUGUAUAUUUUAAGUUUAGCAUUGAACGAGGCGGUGAAACGAAGUAUACUACAAAUUCAACAUCAAGAGCAGCAGCAGCGACAGCAGCAAAUAUAUAAAAUCUAAUCCUAAAGAAAUUAUCAGCGAUUUAGACAAAGCUUGUAGACUUAGCGAGAAAUUGCAGCCAAACAAAUUACUACAAAUAUUCAAAGAGUAACGAGUAAACGAGUAAAGCAUUCCCGUAAUAUUCGAAUUAGAAGCAAAAUUUCAAGAAAAUAUAAACAUAUACGUAUACUAUGCAAAU